UUAUGCUUAAAAUGUGUUGUCUGUAGGCUCAGACUGAACAAGGCAUAAGGACAAGGAGAUACAGACUGCCAACAGCUGUUCAGACAUUUAAUCCUGUCAACAAAAAGAAAAUGUCUCAGACUGCUCCGAUUGAAAUGUCGACAAGCUGUGUGUUCGCUUCUGAAUGGGACCUGUACGACACAUAUCGACGACUCUCUUACGAAGAUGAAGAAGCAGAACUCGAUUAUGAAGAUUUGGAUAUUGAGGUUUAUGGAGCCGAGGUGUCUCUACAGGUAUCCAGCUCUCUACAGAGACAAUCUAUAACUUCAGACCUGAGCUCAAUAAGUGUUUCAAAUGAGCUCCAACCGAUCAUAGCUUCCCGCAAAGCCAACAUCCAAGCGAACAAGGUGAUGAAGUUACCAGAGUUCCAGUAUGCGGCGACAGUGGCUGAACGUCUUCUAGCUUCUAAUUCCUUCCAUUGCCAGCAAAUAGCCUUUAUGGGCACUCAACCAGACUCUCAAGAAAUUGCCACUGGAUUCCAUUACAUCAUGAAAGAACUUUGGACGUUCUCAUAUCAAGAAAGUAAACACAGAAUAGUGAAUGCUAUUUCUUGGAACACCGUUAACAUUAACGUGGUAGCGGUGGGCUACGGUUAUGUGAGGGGGAGUGAGGAGUUGGAUGGACUAGUGUGCUGCUGGUCUGUGAAGAACCCCAGCCAGCCGGAGAGAGUGUUCCACAUGAGAAGCCCUGUAACCACCAUCAGCUUCUCUCGCACACAGCCUAAUCUACUUGCUCUAGGCUGCUACAAUGGUGCAGUCAUUGUCCUCAACAUAGCCUCCAAUACUGGUGAUAAACUGGUUGUCACGGGGGAAGAGGGGUGUUUGCGCUACGGACCAGUUGGACAUCUCCUGUGGUUUUUCCAUACAGACUUUGUGCUUGAAACUGAGGAAAUAAUUUCUGUUGGGAAGACUGGUAGAGUGUACAAGUGGAAUUAUACGGAAAGUUAUCGGUCUUAUGAAAUAAUGAAACUAAGCUACUUUCAGCCUACUGUGAAAAUUACAACUCCAAAAAAGAAUAAAAAGACAGUAAGAUUAAAAAACAAUCUGAAAUAUUUCAACGGGUUGUCUGUUUCGCUACAUCCAAAGAAGCAUAUGGUGUACUAUGUGAGCACUCAAGAGGGAAGCAUUAUUAAGUGCUCAAUGAAUCAUCAAGAUCGGUUCGAGGACAUCUUCCCAGCUCAUGCUGGACCAGUGUAUGGGGUCCUACAUUCACCUUUCUGUGCCAACAUUUUUUGCACCUAUGGUUCAGACUGGCUGAUCUGUAUCUGGGCUGAGGGCCUGAAGGAACCACUCUUGAAGCUCUACUACACAAAGCAACCAGUCCUCAGUGUGGCAUGGUCUCCUAUCCACUCCACCAUUCUAGCCAGUAUCAGUGGACAUUAUCUCUCCAUGUGGGACUUGGCUCGUAGGACCAUCGUACCUAUUUCCACAGUCAAAUCAUCCACUGGUAAUGUCUUCACUAGUCUCCAGUUUGCUAACACUGGGAAGAACAUCCUGGCAGGUGACGUUGCUGGUGACGUGUUCGUGUUCAACUUGGUUGACAUGCCUUACCCUCCGUUUUUACAGGAAGAAGCCCUAAUCCGUGCUCUGCAGAAAGCUCUUGUUUCAAAACCUCAACAUCGCAGUUAUUUGGAGAAUUUUAUGAAGACAAAAUAAAUGUAGAAUUAUUUAAAGUUGUCUAAUUUUGUAUUACCUGUUGUUAUUAAAAUAAUGAGUAAUAAUA